CAUAUAAAUGUAAACCAAAUUAAUGGAGGCUCAGAUCCGGCGAUGCAUUUUAUAUUUCCAAAUCAUUUUUGCAGAUUUCACGGCAUUGUGCAACCAUCUCAGUAAACCAUUUCACUUGCUCCAGUUUUCAGCUCAGCAGUCAUCCAGGUGGACGUAUUUAAGCAAUAGGAGAGCAGUGGGCGGCAAACAGAUGAGGUUUUGAUCUUACCACCAAUUCUCCAGGCUCUGGAAUCCUUCCUCCUUGUUUAGCAUAUAUAAUUAAGGCAAAAUACAUGUGAAAGUACAUCUGAGACUUACAGAGGAGAAAGAAAACUGAUGGGUAUGGAAGCUGAGCUUGAUAUUGAACAUGAUGAUAAGGAAGAGUGGGUAAAAGAUGGUUCAGUAGACCUCAAGGGAGCUCCUGUUUCCUAUUCUGCAACUGGACGUUGGCCUGCUGCCUUCUUCAUCAUGGUGGUUGAAAUGGGUGAGAGAUUGACAUACUUCACAAUAGCAGCAAGCCUGUUCACAUACCUAACAGAUGUGAUGCACCAGGGUGUUUCAACAUCUGCUGAAAAUGUAAACAUAUGGUCUGGUGUAACAACCAUUGUUCCCCUAAUAGGGGGCUUCCUCAGUGAUGCCUAUGUGGGACGCUACAAGAUGAUCAUUAUUUCCUCACUUGUCUAUCUUCCAGGCUUAGCAUUCUUGAUAGUCUCGGUAUCACUCUCUUCUCUCAGGCCUCCUACUAACACCAACAAUCAUGCCACAGGCACUCAAAUGGCAGUUUUGUACGCAUCGCUUUAUAUGAUAUCUUUUGGGUCUGGUGCAAUGAAGCCAUCUCUGCAGUCAUUUGCAGCAGAUCAGUUUGAUUACCAACAUCCAAAGGAAAGCAAGCAACAAAUCUCCUUCUUUAACUGGUACUACUUUUGUCUCAUGUUUGCCAUUCUCAUGACCAAUACAGUGAUUGUGUAUGUUCAAGGGAAUGUGAGUUGGGGAGCAGGAUUUGGCAUCGUGGCAUCUGCGAGUUUGAUAUCUAUACUCAUAUUCUUAUGUGGGACACCCAAGUAUAGACAUAGAGUUCCUGUUGGGAGCCCAAUCACUCGCAUUGCUCAGGUUUUAGUUGCAGCUUUUAGAAACCGGCAUUUGCAGGUAAAACUGGGUCAUAGCCACACAGGUGACUUCAAAUGUCUAGAGAAGGCAGCCAUAGGAGAAGAACUAGAGCAUGGGAGAAAUAAUCCUUGGAAGACCUGCACAGGGGAACAAGUAGAAGAAGUGAAACAACUAGCAAGAAUGGUACCAGUAUGGCUCACAGUGAUCAUCUACUCAACCAUUCUCCAACAAGGCGGCACAUUCUUCGUGAAGCAGAGCAGCACAAUGGACAGGAGCCUUGGCCCCCACUUCCACAUACCACCUGCUUCCACCCUAGCCGUAGUAAUCAUAAGCACAAUGAUUACAGUGGGCGCAUAUGACCGCAUGCUGGUCCCAAUUGCAGCAAGGAUAACUGGCAUGAAACGAGGCAUAACUAUUCUUCAGAGAAUCGGUGUAGGAUUUGUGUUUUCAAUCGUGGCAACAAUAACAGCAGCACUGGUGGAAGCGAGGCGCUUGAAGAUCGCACAAGACCACGGUCUCAUGCACAAACCGCAAGCUGUGGUUCCCAUGAGUGCCUUUUGGCUUUCUGUGCCUAAUGUGGGGAUGGGGAUUGCAGAUGCUUUUGCCCUUGUGGGUUUGCAGGAGUUCUUCUAUGGACAAGUUCCUGACACCAUGAGGAGCCUUGGUCUUGCCUGCCUUUUGACAGCCAUUGGCAUCGGGAGCUUCGUUAGUAGUCUUAUUAUUCACAUUGUUAAUGGUGUUACUGGAAAGAUGGGUCACAAGUGGCUGAAGGAUAAUCUCAAUACAAGUCGACUGGAUAAUUUUUACUGGUUGUUGGUUGCUUUGAAUUCCCUCAAUCUGUUGGCUUUUGUAUUCAUUGCACGGAGAUACAAGUAUAAGAGCCGCCCACAAGAUGAGACUUUGGUGGCUAAAGUUGCAGAAAGCUUUAGUGAGGAGGGAUUGGCAUUGACGUGAGUUUGUUAUAGAUGUGUAACAGAGCUUAUGGUAGCAAUUGUGUACGUUUAGUAUUUAUCUAUACUAUUCUAUGGGUAGUUUUUA